AUGAAGGACAUGAACAGCAAGACGGAUCUGUACAGAGCGAAUGCCAUCCGUGUGCUUUGUCGCAUCACAGACGGAGGCCUGCUGGGCCAGAUUGAGCGUUAUUUGAAGCAGGCGGUUGUGGAUAAGAACCCUGUCGUCGCCAGCGCUGCUCUGGUUAGCGGCUUCCACCUUCUCAAGACGAAUCCCGACAUUGUGCGGAGAUGGAGCAAUGAGAUUCAAGAGGCGGUGCAUUCCAAAUCGCCGCUCGUGCAGUUCCAUGCCCUCGCUCUCCUUCACCAGAUUCGGCAGAGCGACCGUCUGGCCAUUAGCAAGCUGGUAACCAGCCUCGUUCGAGGUGCUGUGCGUUCGCCGCUUGCACAGUGCCUGCUUGUGCGCUACACCUCCCAGGUGAUCGAGGAGAUGGGUCCGAACAACAACAACGCGCGCCCCUUCUUCGAGUUCCUGGAGAGCUGCCUGCGGCAGCGGGCGGACAUGGUGAUGCUGGAGGCAGCGCGCGCCAUGACCGAGCUCACAGACAUCACGGGCCGCGAGCUCACCCCUGCCAUCACCGUGCUACAGAUGUUCCUCUCCUCGCCCAAGCCCGUGCUGCGCUUCGCCGCCAUCCGCACGCUCAACAAGGUCGCCAUGGCGCACCCGCAGGCGGUUACCAACUGCAACAUUGACAUGGAGACGCUGAUCUCGGACCCGAACCGCAGCAUUGCGACGCUGGCCAUCACGACGCUGCUCAAGACGGGGAAUGAAGCGAGUGUGGACCGGCUGAUGAAGCAGAUUACCAACUUCAUGUCGGAUAUUGCUGAUGAGUUCAAGAUCGUCGUUGUGGAGGCCAUUCGCUCGCUCUGCCUCAAAUACCCCCAGAAAUACCGCGUCCUCAUGAACUUCCUGAGCGGAAUAUUGCGGGAGGAGGGAGGGUUCGAGUACAAGAAGGCGAUCGUGGACUCCAUCCUCAUUCUCAUCCGGGAGAUCCCAGAUGCCAAGGAGAUUGGCCUCUCACACCUCUGCGAGUUCAUUGAGGACUGCGAGUUCACCUACCUCUCCUCGCAGAUUCUGCAUCUGCUGGGCAACGAGGGUCCCAAGACGCCAGAGCCAGCGCGGUACAUCCGCUUCAUCUACAACCGCGUCAUCCUCGAGAACGCCACUGUCAGGGCCAGCGCCGUCAGCACGCUCGCCAAGUUCGGCGCGCAAGUGGAAGCCCUUCGGCCUCGCAUUGUCACUCUCCUGCGCCGCUGUCUGUUCGACAACGAUGAUGAGGUGCGGGACCGGGCAACGCUGUAUCUGAACGUGCUGGGGGGCGACGGGCAGGAGUCGGUGGCAGCGAGUGGCGCCAGCGACUUCAUGCUGGAGGCGCUGGAAGUGCCGCUCGUCAACCUCGAGACCGCCCUCAAGCACUACGAGCCGAGUGAGGCGCCAUUUGACAUCGACAGCGUGCCCAAGGAGGUGAAGGGGCUGCCUCCCGCCAAGGCGGGCGCCAAGAAGGCGGCCAAGGAGGCAGCGACAGCCAAGGCAGCCGGAGGUGGUGCAUCGGCGUCAGAGGCGUAUGAGAAGCUCCUCAACUCCAUCCCCGAGUUCGCCACCUUCGGCAAGCUGUUCAAGUCAUCAGCGCCAGUGGAGCUGACGGAGGCGGAGACGGAGUACAGUGUGAACGUGGUGAAGCACGUGUUCCCCGCACACAUGGUCUUCCAGUUCAACUGCACCAACACCAUCGCCGAGCAGAUGCUGCAGGAUGUCACAGUGCUCAUGGACCUGGCAGAAGCAGAGGAAUUCGAGGAGGUGGCGACCAUUCCGCUCAAGAGCAUGGCGUACGGCGUGACCGGGCACACCUUUGUGGCGCUGUCGAAGCCAGAGGGCGCACUGACGCUGGGCAAGAUCACCAACAUCAUGAAGUUCAAGGUGGUCGAGGUCGACCCCAACACGGGGGAUGCCGAGGAGGAGGGGUACGAGGACGAGUACCAGCUGGAAGACCUUGAGGUGUCGUCAGCGGACUACGUGCGGAAGCUGAGUGUGCCCAACUUCAGAGCAGCAUGGGAGGCCAUCGACCCGUCUCUCGAGCGCGUGGACGAGUACGGGCUGGGCGUGCGCGACAGCCUGCAGGAGGCAGUGGAGGCGGUCAUCACCAUUCUCGGCAUGCAGCCGUGCGAGAGCAGCGAGAACGUGCCGUCGAAUGCCCGCUCGCACCAGUGCCUGCUCGCCGGGACGUUCCUGGGGGAUGUGUCGGCGCUGGUGCGGCUGUCGUUUGGCAUGGAUGCACAGAAGCAGGUGGCCAUGAAGCUGGCUGCGCGGUCAGAGGACGUCACAAUCAGCGAUCUGGUGCAUGAGAUCAUUGCCAAUGCGUAG